AAUCCCAGGGACAGGGGAGCCUGGUGGGCUGCCGUCUAUGGGGUCGCACAGUCGGACAUGACUGAAGCGACCUAGCAGCAGCAGCAGCAGCAGUGGGACCCCAUCAGCUGAAGUUUUUAUAAGCUUCCUAGGUAGUUUUGAUAUGUGAUAAGGAUUGAGAACUACUAUUUGAGAGGAAGAUCUCUUGAAGAUGUUUGAGCUGACACCUGAAGGAAGAAGUCAGCCUGCUGGAGUGGAGAAGAGAUUGCUUCAGAGAGAAAAGAGCAGUUGCAAAGACCUGAGGAGGGAGAGACUUUGGCAUGUCCCAGGAAGAGAAUGGAGUUUCACAGAGCUGGAACACAGUAGAAGAGAGAGAAUGGAUGUUUGUAGAAGCAGGUAGACAGCAGUUCAUGCUAUCGUUGGAAUUUUAUAUAUUUUAUAUGUUUGACAUUUAAAUGAAAUGAGAUCACUGGAGAAUUUUAAUCAGGGCGGCUCAGCCUGCCUGCCCAGGGCUCCUUUGCCCCCGCCCCGUGGCCCUCAGGCUGCUGCUUGGCCUCCUCCACCUUUAGCCGAACCAACGAGAGGACACCGCCUGCAUCUAGAGCAGCCUGGAACGUAAAGGAGGGGCUCGCGAAAGUGAGAGGAAAGCCGGGUGCGCUUGUGCUUUCGGUCAUUAAACCAUACCGGACGUGGGGGAAGAUGCUUUCAGAAAGCAGUUUGUUUUUGAAGGGUGUACUGCUCGGAAGCAUUUUAUGUGUCUUGAUGACUAUGCUAGGACAUAUUAAGAUUGAUUAUGGAAAGAGAAUGCACCGCCAUGAGCGUCACCACCUACAAGCUCCUACUAAAGAAGAUAUCUUGAAAAUUUCAGAGGAUGAACGCACGGAACUCAGUAAAAGCUUUCGGGUAUACUGUAUCAUCCUUGUAAAACCAAAGGAUGUGCGUCUCUGGGCGGCCGUGAAGGAGACGUGGGCCAAACAUUGUGACAAAGCAGAGUUCUUCAGUUCUGAAAAUGUUAAAGUGUUUGAGUCAGUUAACAUGGAAACUAAUGACAUGUGGUUAAUGAUGAGAAAAGCUUACAAAUAUGCCUUUGAUAAAUAUAGAGACCAAUACAACUGGUUCUUCCUUGCACACCCCACUAUGUUUGCUAUUAUUGAAAACUUAAAGUACUUUCUGCUAAAAAAGAAUUCUUCACAACCUUUCUAUCUAGGCCACACUGCAAAAUCUGGAGAUCUUGAAUAUGUGAGUGUGGGAGGAGGAAUUGUCUUAAGUAUAGAAUCAAUUAAAAGACUUAACAGCCUUCUCAGUAUUCCUGAAAAGUGUCCUGUAAAGGGAAGGAUGGUUAGAGAGGUAUCUGAAGAUAAGCAGCUUGCAGUCUGCCUGAAAUAUGCUGGAGUGUUUGCAGAAAAUGCAGAAGAUUCUAAAGGAAAAGAUGUGUUUAAUACCAAAUCUGUUGGGAUUUUUAUUAAAGAGGCAAUGACUAAUCAUCCCAACCAGGUGGUGGAAGGAUGUUGUUCAGAUAUGGCUAUUACUUUUAAUGGGCUGACAUGUAAUCAGAUGUAUGUGAUGAUGUAUGGGGUAUAUCAUCUAAGAGCAUUUGGGCAUGUUUUCAAUGAUGUGUUGGUUUUCCUACCUAUGAAUGGUUCUGACAAUGACUGAGAAGUGAAACAAGAAUAUGUAUAUUAUUACCGUGUAAGACACAUGUUGUCAUUAUUUGUGGUAAAACUAUAUACCCAAUACAGCAGUGUGUUUGCCUGUUUUUUUUUUUUUUUCCUUUUUUCAGUUUGGUGACACUGGUUUAUUUGCACAUUGAAGUUUAGUAGUACAUUUUCAAAUAGGGUGAGGUUUUUGAAACAUGAAAAUUUUAUGUGUUGGGAAGAAGUGUUUUAAGAAUGAUAAUUUUAGAAAUAAAGGAUAUACUUAU